AUGGACGUAUGGCCAGCAGAUGAUCCUAUCACGCAUACUAGCGUGAACCAUAGCAUCGAGGGAGAUCUGGGAGACUGUGGUGAUCCAUCUCGCCGCCAAAAUCAACUUUUGCGAAUCGCUCUGGAACACUAUCGCAACAAUGUGCGCGGCACACGGAAUGCGCUGAGGGUGGCCGCCCUCGGACAUCUCAAGUCCUUCCACUACAUGUCCAGCAUCGAAGUGUUCUGUCGGACUGGAUUUAAUAUGGGCAAGUGGGAGUACGAUGUGGGAUAUGGGCUAAGCCAGCGCGCGGCGGAGGCCCUGGUGCGGCGCAUGCGGGAUAAGGGCCUCCUGUCGCCAUCCACCGGCCAGGUUUCAUUCUCGACAACAGCGGAGUUUCAUCGCCUCGUCGAUAUUUGGUUCGAAUACUGCGUCAUGGACUAUGUCUGCAGCCCUCCAUAUCCCAUCGUCGAAGCGAAUCUAAGCCACUCUUACCACAUUCUGUCUCCCGAUCGUGCCAAAUCCAUAUCCACCGAGGAUACAUGUGCCAUCACCAAUGCACCCAUCUACACUGUGCAGAUGGUUGAGUAUUGGCAAUGUGUGGAGCAGGUCUCGCAGUGGCGCAGGAAGAAUCCGGACGGGCUACUCGCUCCAUUGAUGCUAGUGCUGCAGGAACGCAUGAUGGGGUAG